AUGCCUUUCUCAAUCCCAUCAUCCCUCCUCCACCUCCUCCUCAUAACCUCAACAAUCACAAUCCAACCAACCCAAGCCUUCCAACUCGCCCCCUCAACCUUCACGCACACCCAAUGCAGCGACAACCCCCUUCUCGGAACUCCCACAUACGGCAAUGCCGGAAUCGUUUUUACAACAUGUUCACAACGCGACAUUUCCGCCUCAAGGCAGGAGAUUUACGAUGCGAUUCUCGAUUUCUCAGAGUAUAAAAAUUGGAAUUCUUUCGUUGUGGAUGUUCGGGAUCGGAAAGGAGGGGAGGAAGUUGAGAUGGGGGUUCGGGAAGAUGUGGGGUUUGCUAUGAGGUUUACGACUAGGGGGUUGUUGCCUGGUGGGGUUAAUACGAGUAGUGAUGAGGUUGUUACUUUUGCUGAGAGGGAGGUUAAGGGGGAGGAGGAUGAUGGGAGGAAGACGGCGGCGGUUAGUGGGUGGAGGUUUGAGGGGGUUGGACAGCAGGCGGAGCAUGUUAAUGUUUUGAGGGAUUUGGGGGGCGGGGUUACGAGGUGA